UUCAAAUCACACACCCAUCCCGCUCUCUCUCUACAAAGAAGAUUCCGUCUCCGCGAGAGAGAGAGAGAGAGCGAGAGUGAGAGAGAGAGAGAGAGGGAGAGAGGUUUUCCAAAAAGCUUGAUUCCACAGAAAAAGUGGAAGCGAUCAGAUCGGUAAAUUCUCUCCACUGGAUUCGCCGUCGUUCCGCCGCUCCAAGAUGUCCGGUCGACAAGACAAAGAGAAGGGCGUCAAUGUUCAAGUCCUCCUCCGUUGCAGGCCAUUUAGCGAGGAGGAGUUGAGGAACAACGCUCCUCAGGUUGUUACGUGUAAUGAUUUUCAAAGAGAGGUUGCUGUAUCGCAGAAUAUAGCUGGGAAGCAUAUUGAUAGGGUUUUCACUUUCGAUAAGGUGUUUGGGCCAUCAGCGCAGCAAAAGGAUUUAUAUGAGCAAGCCGUCGUUCCCAUUGUUAAUGAAGUCCUCGAAGGUUUUAACUGUACAAUUUUUGCAUACGGCCAGACUGGUACAGGAAAAACAUAUACGAUGGAAGGCGAGUGUAGAAGGGCUAAGAGCGGACUUAAUGGAGAAUUGCCAGCAGGCGCAGGUGUCAUUCCUAGAGCCGUGAAGCAAAUUUUUGACACGCUUGAGGGUCAACAAGCCGAGUAUAGUGUUAAGGUCACUUUCCUUGAAUUGUACAAUGAAGAAAUUACCGAUUUGCUUGCUCCUGAAGAAAUCUCUAAAGUUUCUCUGGAAGACAAACAAAAGAAGCAGUUACCUCUUAUGGAGGAUGGGAAGGGUGGAGUUCUUGUUAGAGGAUUGGAAGAAGAAAUUGUUGCUAGUGCUAGUGAAAUUUUCACUUUGCUUGAAAGAGGUUCUGCAAAGCGAAGAACUGCAGAAACAUUGUUGAAUAAACAAUCAAGUCGAUCACACUCCCUUUUUUCCAUCACAAUACAUAUCAAGGAAGCCACUCCAGAAGGAGAAGAACUUAUCAAAUGUGGGAAGCUCAACUUGGUUGACUUAGCAGGCUCAGAAAAUAUAUCACGUUCGGGUGCUAGGGAUGGCCGUGCACGAGAAGCUGGUGAAAUAAACAAAAGUCUUCUUACUUUGGGACGAGUUAUUAAUGCUUUGGUUGAGCAUCUUGGACACAUUCCUUACAGGGAUAGUAAACUUACCCGUUUACUACGCGAUUCACUUGGUGGGAGGACAAAGACAUGCAUAAUAGCAACAGUUUCACCUGCUGUUCAUUGUCUGGAGGAAACAUUGAGCACUCUGGAUUAUGCACACAGGGCAAAGCAUAUUAAGAACAAGCCAGAGGUUAACCAGAAAAUGAUGAAAUCUACUCUAAUAAAGGACCUUUAUGGUGAGAUAGAACGACUUAAGGCAGAGGUUUAUGCCGCACGUGAGAAAAAUGGUGUUUAUAUCCCAAAGGAGAGGUACUAUCAGGAGGAAAGUGAAAGAAAGGCCAUGGCAGAGCAGAUUGAGCAAAUGGGCAUCCAGAUUGAGAAUUAUCAAAAGCAACUUGAGGAGUUACAGGACAAAUAUGUAGCUCAAGUUCAACAGUGCUCUGAUCUGACCAACAACCUUAAUAACACUGAGAAAACCUUAAACCAAACAUGCAAAUUGCUUGCUACCACUGAGGAGGAAUUGAAGAAAUGCCAGUAUGCCAUGAAGGAGAAAGAUUUUAUUAUAUCAGAGCAGAAAAAAUCCGAAAAUGAAUUGGUUCAGCAAGCUUGUGUUUUGCAAUCCAACUUGGAGAAAGCUAUCAAGGACAAUGCUUUGCUAUACCAAAAAAUUGGACGAGAGGACAAACUCAGUACUGAUAAUAGAAAAGUGGUCAACAAUUACCAAGUGGAACUAUCUGAACAGAUUGGAAAUCUGUGCACAACGGUUGCUUCAUGCCUUUCACAACAAAAUGUACACCUUCAGGGUGUCGAGAAACUGUGCCAUUCUCUUCUAGCGGCACACAAUAAGGCUGCCUUAGAAAUGAAAAAGAAGGUUACAGCUUCAAGGGCUUUAUAUAGUUCUCACAUGGAGGCAGUGCAGAAUGUAGUUCGCUUGCAUAAGGCAAGCUCGAAUGCUUGCCUCGAUGAAGUUUCAGCUUUGACAAAUUCAAAUGCGCAUUCUAUAGAAGAGUUUCUUGCAUCAGAGGAUGGGGUAGCAUCAACGUUGUUUGACGAACUGCAGAGUGCUCUUUCAUCUCACCAGGGUGAAAUGGCUCUUUUUGCUAGAGAACUGAGACAAAAGUUCCAGGUAACGAUUGAAAAAACUCACGAGGUGGCCGAGUAUACAAAGACGUUUUUCCAGAAGCUUAUGGAAGAGUCUAAGAGUGCUGAGGAUCAUGCCAUACAGGCGGAUGAAACUCAAAUAAAAAGCAUUAUCGAUUUUCAGAAGGCUUACCAGGCUCAGUCAAAAUCUGAUGGAGAGGCACUAAUAGCCGAGUUAACUAAUCUAGUUUCCAAUCACAUUCGUCGUCAAAAUGAACUGGUGGAUUCAAGGCUCCUUAACCUCAGAGAGACCGUCUCUUCCAACAAAAAUUUCAUGGAUGGACAUGUCUCAGCUUUAAGCAAUUUGGCUACUGAUGCAAAAAGAAAAUGGGAGAUAUUUUCGAUGCAGGCUGAGAAUGAUGCCAAGGAAGGUGCUGAUUAUUCUGCUGCAAAGCAUUGUCGUAUGGAAUUACUGCUUCAGCAAUCUGUGAGUCACGCAGAAUCUGCUUUGACACACUGCAACAUAACUCAUGAAUCUGUGAAAGUGAUGAGCAGUAAGCACGUUUCAGAAAUCUCCUCGCUUGUUACGAUGGCUUGUGAUAGUAAUGAGCAGCAUGAUGCUGAAGUGGACUCUGCAAGGGUUGCAGCUGAGCAAGACGUAUCCAAGAACAGCGAUGAGAUAAUCCAGGAUAUCGAUUGCGUGUCAAAAGAUCAACAAGGCUCUGUAUCCCAAAUCUUCGAAACAGUCAGAGCUCAUGAAGAGGCCCUGGAAAGUUUCAGACAUGAUCAUUCUUGCCAAACUGUGUCCAUUGAGGAUAAGGCACAAGAAACUUUCCAACAAAGAUACAUGGAAUAUGAACCCACUGGAACAACACCGACAAGGGCUGAACCUGAAGUUCCAAGCAAAGCCACCAUUGAAUCACUAAGAGCGAUGCCAAUGGAGGAAUUGCUCGUAGAAUUCCGUGAGAACAACUCGUAUGAAUCAUUUGUUGAUGCCAAGGAACAAAAGCCAUCGCAGCUGACACGGUCUCCUCUCUCACAGAUCAACUAGGAAUAGGAACACACCCUCUGUUCCAUGAUCUUGGCCUGGAAAAGUUGCAUAAAAGCCAGUACAUGUGUAUCAGCAUCACUAUUAUCUGUAUACACUGGAAAUUCAGAUAGAAAGAAAGGUUGGAUUCUGCUCUCUUUUUUUUGUGGUGGAAGGGAUCAGAAUAAUCCCAAUCUUGGGAUUAGGACAGAGGCAGUUUCCAAAAAAGUGGGAAGUAGUUUGAUGUUGGAUUCUGACAGUAAACACCACUAGUGUCUGUCUGUGAUUUUUGUCUUGUUGUUGUCCCGGAUUUUACGUGACAUAUUGUGUAAUGUAUUAUGAUUUAAGAUCAAUAUUUCAUCACUUGGAAUUGAUUCAGGGUUUUCA